UCAGGAUUCUCCAGCAAAACAGUAUUUUAAACUCAGCCCCCUUUCCUUAAAAAAAAGGAAAAAACCAAAGCCAACCUGUUGAGUGUCACAGUAGUCAAGGCAGGGUGUUGGCGCACAGUGUGGAGAAAAGUCGCUGCUCUGAAUCACGUAUCCGUCUGCGUGGGAGAAAUUUCCUCAUUUUUGUCGCCGCUUAAUAGAACUUGUCUAAGGAAAACAGCCUCAAGCUUGAAGAUGUCAAAGAUCUGUGCUCUGGUGUUGAUGACACUUGUGUCUCUGGUGUCUGCAGAGGAACAGAACUCGGAAGAUAACCCAUUUACUUUUGACUACCACAGGCUGCGUGUUGGAGGCCUGAUUCUAGCUGCUGUCCUCUGUCUCAUUGGCAUCACCAUCCUGCUCAGUGGCCACUGCAGAUGCAAGUUCAACCAGGACAAGAGGAGGAGGACAGGAAGCAAUGCUCAGCAGAUGCUCACCGACCAAGGUCGUGCCUGCGACUGCUAGAGGUCAACCACAACUCACACUGAAACUUCCCAAAUGUCCAACCAACAGAUAACAUGGAGGAGCAGCAGCAGUGGGAUUUGUGACAUCCAAUGAGAAGCUUUUGUUUUUUAUUUAGAGAGAUAAACAGAAUAGUCUGUGUGUAGCUGAUGUGAGGUGUAAUGCUUUCUGCCUGAUAAGUGAGAUACUGUCCUGCAGCCUGCACCUCCACACAUACACACACACACACUUGGACAUACAUACCCCUGUACGCACGAUAUCUGUCACCUUCAUCGUAAAGGGACUUCAACAGUAACACAAACCUAUUACCAAAAAAAAAAAAACCCUGAAGUGUCUACAUACUGUAGGUUGUGUCCGUGUCUCACACUACUUCUGUUGUCUGUACUGUAUGUGUAAGGUAAACAUUGAUGUAGAUAUUAGUCGCUUACUGUGACCAACCUAACCCGCUGUCCAUGCUUUCAUGGCAAAUAUACAAAAUCCACAUAGUCAUGAGUGAGUAGAGUGCUGUUGAUAAUUAAUGAUAAUCUCAUGUUUAGCUUUAUGGAGGAGUGUAGUGGAUUACACUGUUCAGAGAUAAAGAAAGAGUCUGUCUUAUUUCUAUAAAAGAACUGUUGAAACUA